AUUCGCUUUCGCUACCCCGCUUUGAUGUAUCCGAUGAUUGAGCGUCGAGUUUUAAUGAGGCAAUAAAUAUGAUAGUCCCGGGCCGGAGUGCUUUUCCCAGCCCCUCGCUCGAGCUCGCUAUUCAGUUUAUCGAGAUGCUGCGAGCCUGUGCAUUUUUCUUUCUCCUCGUCGGCUCGGAAGCUCGAAGGGAUCUGUUUCUCAAAAAAGACGUGUUCAGAUCGUCUCUCGCCGAGCAGAAUCGCACGUCCAGUUUGGCUAAUUUGCUGCGCCAUCUGAUCGACGCGUACUUCGACCACUGCACGCUCAAAGUCGUUUACGAUUCCAACUACGAAAUCAUUCACCCGGUCGAUUUCCAUCGGUACUUUGGCGGUCUGAAAUUGAGCGUCGUUCAGGACAGCGUCGACAUCUCGCGCGGCGUCGGAACCAAAAACGACCGUUCCGACAAAUGCAUGAACUACGUGAUUUUUCUGUACAACAUUUACGCCGUGACGCACAUACUUAGCCAGGAGAACGAGGCCAAAAUCGUGAUCGUGUCCUCGGAGAGUCCUUGGGAAGUCAAAGAUUUUCUCCGCAAUCAAGCCUCGAGGAUUUACAAAAAUUUGCUCGUCAUAGCCCACAGCACCAGUCGUAAAAACGGUUAUGGAUCUUAUUUACUGUACACGCACAAGUUAUACGCCGAGGGUAGUGGCACGACUUUACCCAUUCUGCUUGGCUCCUGGAUAAAUAACAGCAUGACGGUCCAAGGGCUGGAUUUGUUUCCGGAGAAACUCGGGACUGGAUUCAUGGGCCAUCGGAUUCUCGUGUCGGCCGUGCACAAUCCGCCAUUCGCCAUCAGCAGGAACUCCCCCGGAGCCGAAGACUCCCUUUGGGACGGACUCGAGGUGAAUCUGCUGAGGAUGAUGGCCAACUACCUGAACUUGACGAUGGAGUUUUCGAGUCCGCGCUCGAGCGACGGCCUCAGUCCACUGGAGUCGGUGAAGCAAGACCUGCUGCUCGGGACGACCUCGUCGGCGGUCGGGGGCAUCUACCAGACGGCCCAGCUGCACGAGCAGUUCGACACGAGCAUGCCGUUCCUCGACGACUGCGCCUCCUUCAUCUCGCUGGCCUCGACCGCCCUGCCCAAGUACCGGGCGAUGCUGGGCCCCUUCCAGCUGACGGUGUGGCUGAUGCUGUGCGCCUCCUACCUGGCCCUCAUCGUGCCGCUCUCCUUCAACAGUAAAUACACUCGGCGGCAGCUGCUGAGGCAGCCGAGCGCCGUCAACAGCAUAUUCUGGUACAUAUUCAGCACGUACACCAACUCGUUCACCGUCGAGAAUCCAUUGCUGGACUACGGCAUCGCCAAGAACUCGACGACGCUCCUGCUGGCUAUCUACUGGCUGUUCACGAUCAUCGUGACGGCCUGCUACACGGGCUCGAUCGUGGCGUUCAUCACGCUGCCGGUCUACCCGGAGGCCAUCGAGACGGCGGCCGAGCUGCAGGCCUACCGCUACCGGAUCGGCACCCUCGACCACGACGGCUGGGAGCAGUGGUUCGGCGCGGAGAGCGGCCACGACGAGCCCUUCCUCGAGAGGCUCUUCAGGAAGAUCGAGUACGUGCCGAGCUUGAUGGAGGGCGUGCGCAACGCCAGCCGGGCCUACUUCUGGCCGUACGCCUUCCUGGGCUCGCGGGCCGCCCUCGACUACCUCGUCCAGACGGACUUUGCCCUGGCCCGCCAGAGCAAGCGCAGCCUCAUGCACAUCAGCCAGGAGUGCUUCGUGCGCUACAACGUCGUGCAGCUCUUCCCGCGCAAGUCCCUCUACACGCGCUACGUCGACGGCUUCGUCCUACUGGCCCAGCAGUCGGGCUUGGUCGAUCGCAUGAGGAGCCAAGUCGACUGGCAGGUCCAACGAGCUGCCAUCAACGACAACAAACAGAUCAUCAAGAAGAUGUCGCGCAAGAUCAUGGUCGAAGACAGAGUCUUGAUGGUCGAGGACACCCAGGGCAUGUUCAUGGUCCUUCUGGCCGGUGUGCUGGCGGGCUUGCUGUCCCUCGGCAUCGAGGCGAUCACGGUUCGUCUCAAAAAGCGCGCCAGAGUCCAGGCGGUGGCGACUCCUUCGCCCGAACCAUCCAGCUUGGCUGAUUCUUGCCUCGUGCACGACGAGUAUUACGCUCGUUUGCGAAGCCGAUUCUUCAGGAGCAGCAUUUGAGCUGAGACGCAUUGCGCAUCCU